CAGAAAUAAACCAUAAAUACCCCCCUGGCCUCCACGAACUGCUCACCAGACCACCACACCCUCACACUAAGACAGGCUGACAAGAAAGACAAGAACAAGGGGAAGACGGGGAGAUUGGCUUGUACCAGGUGCACUGACAAAAGCCAUCCAGCACCAAACUAAGGAACAUGACAGAUCAACAAGAAAGCCCGGAUCAGUUCCCUGCAGAGAAGGGCCAAGGAGGAGCUGGAGCCUCAUAUAAGUUGGCAGUUUUUGAGUUUGAGAACUUCCGUGGAAAGAAAGUGGCAUUGUCUGGCGAAUGUAAAGAUGUACUGGAGAGGACACAGAAAGUUGGCUCCAUCAUUGUGGAAUCUGGACCAUGGAUUGGUUUUGAGCAUCCAAGCUUUGCAGGGGAGAAGUUUGUAUUGGAGAAGGGGGAGUAUCCCCGCUGGAGCACCUGGACCAACUGCCAGAGUCACUACUGUUUGAGCUCUUUCAGGCCCCUAAAAGUGGACAAUGCAGAUCACAAACUGCACCUGUUUGAGAAUGCAGGUUUUGAGGGCAGGAAAAUGGAGAUUGUUGACGAUGAUGUUCCCAGUCUGUGGGCUUAUGGUUUCCAGGAUCGUGUGGCCAGUGCUAAGGCCAUCAACGGCACAUGGGUGGGCUACGUGUACCCGGGCUACAGGGGACGCCAGUAUGUGUUUGAGCAUGGAGACUUUAAGCACUGGAAUGAUUGGGGAGCCACUGCGCCUCAGAUCCAGUCUGUCCGACGUGUGAGGGACAUGCAGUGGCACAAGAGGGGGUGCUUCAUUGCCCCUACACCUACUCCUAAUCCCAACCCUAACCCCACUCCCAACCCCAAUCCUAUUCCUAACCCUACUCCCAUCCCCAAACCAUCUCCAAAUCCCAAAUCACAAACCCAGCCUUUAACCUAAUGCCAUACGUCCAGUAUCUUACAGCUCCUGGGACAAGCCUAGGCCUACUUGCCCACUGUUAUAUGACAAUAACUAAUUACUGGCAUCUACAAGGAUGAAACAUGCAUAUGUGAUUACAAAUAAAGUUAUUUUUCCCCUUGA